UGUUCUCUCAUUCCCAUCCAGAGAGAGCAGCUGAACACACCGAGAGGACCAGCCGGUGCGGGGAACAGACAGAGAGUACCGGACCCUCCGUCGCAGAAACUCCCGGGAGCCACAUGCAAAGCUCGGUCUGCACACAGGAUAAGCGGCACUCCGUAGUUACAUAACUGGACUACUUUUUUUUCUAUAAUUGUUGUGGGUUUUUCACGCUUUUUGUGUUGCACCAUCCCCAGCUAAAAUGGAGAACGACGAGAAAUAUCUCCCCGAGCUGCUGGCGGAGAAGGACAGCCUGGACUCGUCUUUUACGCACGCUAUGAAACUUUUAAACGCAGAAAUUGAUAGACUCCAGAAAGACGAGACUAAAAAGGAGGCGGACGACUACAUGGACCUUUUCACAACAAAGAACAUCAAACUUAAGGAACGAGUGCUCAUACCUGUCAAACAGUACCCGAAGUUCAAUUUCGUGGGGAAGAUUCUGGGACCUCAGGGCAACACGAUCAAACGUCUGCAGGAAGAGACCGGGGCCAAGAUCUCGGUGCUGGGCAAAGGAUCCAUGAGAGACAAAUCCAAGGAGGAGGGGCUGAGGAAAGCCGGCGAGCCCAAAUACUCCCACCUGUCCUUGGAGCUGCACGUGUUCGUCGAGGUGUUCGCCCCCGUGCCCGAGGCCUACCUGCGCAUGGCCCACGCCAUGGAGGAGGUCAAGAAGUUCCUGUUUCCUGAUAUGAUGGAUGAUAUCUGCCAAGAGCAGUUCCUGGAGAUGGGCUACCUGAACGGAGGCCAGGAACAUGGGGCCAGAGGCAGAGGGGGCCCUCCGGUCAGGGGCCGCGGACUCCCCCCUGGUGGAGCACACAGGGGUCGGGGGAUGCCCCCUCGUGGAGCUCCUGCCAGAGGAGGAGUACCUCGAGGCGGCCCACCCAGAGGUGGAGCAGUGAGGGGGGUCCCAUCGGGGCGAGGAGGACCCCCAGCAGCACCCUCCAGAGGAGCACCAGCACCCCGAGCCAGACCCCCAGCUGCAGGACCCCCCCACAGGAUGGCACACCCACCCCCCCACCAGCACACCCCCACUGCAGCCUCUGAGGGCUACGAGGAAUAUGGCUACGAUGAGAGCUACACAGACACGGCCUACGAGUCAUACGACAGCUACUACAGUCAGCCGCAGGCAGAGCCAGAGUACUAUGACUACGGACACGGAGAGACCACAGAGUCGUACGAGUCGUAUGGCCAGGAUGACUGGAACGGGACCCAGCGAGCACCCACAGGGAAGGCCCCCCCCCCCUCCAGAGGUGCCAAGACGCCUUACCGGGAGCACCCGUACCGACAGUACUGAAGCGGACGCGCCGACCUUAACGCGUCGCCAUGACUACCGCCUGUCUCCCACGGCAGCUCUCGCUUUAAGCAGCCCGACAAAAGUAAUUGUUCGUUUUGUCUUUGGUUUGGUCUUUCUCCCCGCACUGGACUUUAUACGAGAGCGCAAAUUUGGGAACUGAAAAUCGGAACUGGUUUUUUGAGAUUUGACCUUCCUCCCCCCUCCCUAUUUCGUCGCACAAACCCAACACUUAACCCCCAACCCACCCCCACCCUACCUUUCGCCACCGAUCCCUCCAACAAACCAAUCUUGCAGACGGUCAGAGGGGAGAAGUUGGCGUCCUCUUUUUUAUUUACUUUUUUUUUAUUUUGCUGUGUUUUUUUUUCUUCCUCUGACCCUUUUUAACCCCCCCCCCCCUUCUGGCUUUGUUUGCACUGUUGAUAUUUAAUUUUUCUUAACUGUUUGGGAGUAAGUAGUAAUUUCUAGUGGAAUAAAUGGCUCAUUAUCAACUUGUAAAAGAAAUACAUUUUAAUUGUUUUAAAUACAAAUAAUCUGUUGAGGGUCAGUUGCAGAUUCCCAUUUAGGCUACAUUUCAAAAUUCUGUUAAUAUAGCCGAAUAAAAGACCUUUUAAACUCUGAAUGAUGUAAUAUAGACGCAAAAAAUAAAUCCUAAAUUAAGUGAAGGUUAAAGAAUCGAUGUUAAUGGAAUUCAUUCUUGAUGAUGGUUUGUUUUUAAAUAGUCCUAAAACGUUGUCCAUUUAGACUUUAGGCAGCAAUAGUUGUCAUUGUACGUAGAGUUUUGAAAUAUAGCCCUAAUAGACACUGUUGAGAUGGACUGUCCUCAUAUCCUCAAUUUGUUAAUACAUGUUACAAAUUAAUUUUAAGACUCUGAAGACAAAAUGUGUUAAAUAAAAAACGGUUCAGGUCUUCAUUUUGUGAUCGGGUCCUCUAUAAACUGCAUGCACAAAGUAAACAAAGAAGGAUUGGGACACAAAUCUCCACAUGGGUCUUCUCUUUCUAAAGAGAAGGGAUCCUGCAGCUCAAUCCGAACUCUUGUACAUAUUUUAAAACAUCCUAACUGUACUUAUUCUGCCACUAGUAUCUGUACCCUCUCCAUAAAAUGCAUUAUGCUACAUGUGUAAGCUUGCCUAAAUAGGUUACUAAAUCUGUCCAAAAGAUGUUUUGCAGCAGUUUGUCAAUAAAGCUUAGUUUGUUUUUUAUGAAACUUAACUUGCCUUAUUUGUUUCCUGUCCUAGUCAAAUUCUGAAAUGGCCUUUUUUAAACAACCUUCAGCCGACAGAUGUAGGUGUUUUCAUUUGUUUCUCCUUCAAAAGCGCAUUUUAAAUCUAAAUGAAUGUAUUGACGUCUGAAGACUUUAACCCUACUAAAUGAUGUCUUGAUUGAUUAUCAAAAGAGCACAACUUAUUCUUUCUCUCUCUUUCUAUACUUUUUAAAAAGGACCCAGAGGUAAGACCUCUAAAAUAACCUGGAUAGCUUCCUAAUGUGUAUAGAGUUCUAAAGCAUUGAAUGCCUGGGUAUGUAUAAGACUUUUUCAAUCCUCUUACCUGUGGUCGUAACCGUUAAUGAGAAUUGCUUUUAUAGCAUCUGAAAAUUAACUGAAUUCAAACCACCAUUCAGGUCUAGGCUUCAUGUCAUGAAAGACGCUGGCGCGAUGGCUACUUUAGUACAGAGUAAUGGCAGUGCAAUGGAGAGGAUGGUUAUAACCUAGAGAACUCCACUGUAAAGGUAACCUAACCCUAAAUGUUUAAUUUCGUAGUGUGUUUAUCCAUUGACAUAAACUUGCUGGUAAAUGCGUAGUUUCUUAAAAUAUCAUUUCAGUCAUGGCAACAAAAAAGACUCGCCUCACAAAAAGUAAGAAAACCGUAAAUUCCAAUAUCAUUACAGUAGUGGAUUUUAUGUACCAAAAUAACUAUUCUGUGUACUAACAAAAUACAUUAGGAUAGUGUAAAUGCAACUCUUGCUAAAAUGAACAAAGCCAAAUCUAUGUCAAUCUCUUCUGUACAGUUGAGCUGCUGUUACUUAUUUAAUUUGCUGUGUAAAAGUUGCUUACUGUAAUAUUUAAAAGGUUUCUGCCUGUAUCUAAAAGAGAAAAAGCUUGAGUUGCAUGAGCAUAUCUUCUCCUGUAGACAUUGCAUGAUCUGUCUCUAGUUUCUCCCACUGUUUUUAGACGGGGUAUUGAUUUUGGGUUUGUCCUUCCUUCAGGCACAGCUAUCGGUCACUGAGCGCCCGGAGACUGACAGUCUGCUGAAGUGAGAACCAAAAGAGCCUCAGGGAAGAAGUACGGAGCAGCUCAGCAUUAAGGAGGUGGUCGGACGAGAGGAGUGGGGGGGGGGGUUCUGGUGCCAAAUAAUCCACAGGAUGAAGCUGAUAAAGAAGUGUCCGAGGAGACUCAGCUGGGAACCCAGAAUACCCAGAGACAUUUCAAGUGGACUAUUUUCUACAUUUUCUCUAUGCUGAAUUAUGUUAUAUUCUGACAGUGAAGACACACACUGACGCCAAGCUGCUUCUACAGACCACCCUCUCUUCCAACAGAUGUAAUUGUUCCAGUCUAAUUCACCAUAAAAUGAGCUCUGCUGUUAUAGUACGCUGUGAAAUUGUCUUUAAUUUCUAUUAACUCUUGGAUUAGACGUGAUGAUAUUUUCUGCAAGGCAAGCAAAAUCCACGCAGAAUCGUGUACAUUUAAUCUAUUUUAGAAUUGUUUUACAUUCUUGUUGCGUGUUAUUUGGUACCCAUGCCUUAUUGCCGAGUGCAAUUACACUCUGUGCAAAGAUGCCUGGAGAGAGUGGAUCACUAUCUCGCACACACACUCUCAUUCUCACACACACCACCACAUCUAGCACGGCCUGUCCAAGCCCUGAGGAUAUCAAAUGCUAAUGCAGCGGGCCAUUUGCAUGUACUCACAUGUAGCCUCUCCGCAAAUGUGCAACACUUUCAAAACCAACGCUGGCCUGCUCUCAGCGUCAGCAUCUAUUUAUGAUAAUAGAGCGAGAUUCGGAGAGCUGCAUGUGAGAAAGGACGGAGGGUGAACACAGACAUUACUAACCACCCUCCAUCCAUCCAUCAUUUUCUGUUGAUUUGAUUCCCUCUAUGCCAUUUUCUGCCAUUAUCACUGAUGAUAUUAUGGCUGCCUGCGGUGCAGAGCUACAUUUAGAGGUCAAAACUAUACUUUCCUGUAUUAAAAACCAAUGUAUCCGCCCCGAUUCGCCGGUCAGAGGCUCCAUUUAGCUUAUUGAAAAAGCUAGCCGCUCAGAGGAUGCAACAUUGGAUAUUAGAAUAGAAACCAUCAUCUGGAAUGAAACGUCAACAGGCCAUAUCCAAAACAGAUCAUUUUUCAGUCUUUAUGUGCUAUUAUGUCUAAAAUAAUGAUUUCAGUGUCUCCUAUAAUCUAAUGAAAGAUAAGUGAUGGUGGUGGGAGCCAUCUGCUUUGUUGGAAUCGAUGAACUGUCAAGAGCGGGAGGGUGGAAGAGAAAGUAAAUGUUGCUGUGCCGUGAUCAAUAAAAGUAGAGUUGAAAAUGA